AUAAACGGCCUCCCCGCACCUGCUUGUGUGUGCUCCCUGGGAGCACUUAGCACCACGAUCUGGUGCCCACUGUGUCCUCCGGAGCACCAAUCGUCGGACGGGACCUCUGUGCGAGGUCCCGAUCAUGUGAUCACUGAUUGGCCAAUCAGUGAUCACAUGCAGAGUAGUAAGCAAGGAUGUCACUUGUGACAUCCUUGCUUACUACGUGUGAAAUCUGUGAAUGCUCAGAGGUCACAUGGUUAAGGCAAGUAGUACAGUAUCACCAUGGUGACACUGU